AUGGAUAAUGCGCAAUCAUUAAAAGCGCAUGACGAAAAGGAGAUUAUCAAGGCUUUUGAGGAGCAGUACAAACUUGUUCCCGAAAACCGUGGCUAUAUCAUUUCAGCAACUUUUGUUCGCGAAUGGAAAAAGUAUGUCGAUUUCAGCGAAAAGAAAACAACAGGCCCGCGACCAGCAACCAUCGAUAACAGAAAAUUAUUGAACGAAAAUAACGAGUUACGAAAAAAUGCUAUUAUUAACUUAGAAUUUGAAGUCAUUACUCAGCAAGUCUGGGAAACAUUCCAUUCAUGGUAUGGUGGUGGCCCAGAGAUUACUGUUGAAAUCGCACACGAUCCAAUUCGUAAUAAAAAUGUUCCAGUUUUGAAGUACUCGACAUAUAAGCUUUGCUACGGUUCACAGCUUAAGACAAUAGUCAUCUCGAAGUAUUCGCGUGUUUCAGAUCUUUAUACAAAAUCCUUGGAAUUAUUUGGAUUUUCACCAAAUGAUUACCAUCUACGCAACUAUGAAGGUCGAAUCCCCGGCGAAAUCCUCGAUCAGACCAAAAUUAUCUGUGAGUAUAUGCUAAAAGACAAUCAGGAGCUUCUAAUUGAAGAAAACGCUCCCGAUCCAACAAAAACCGAAUUUUAUUCAACGAAAGCCUGCUCAGUUGCCGACAUACAAGAGGAAGUCAUGCCCGAUACUAAGGAUAUCCACUCUCUACAGCCCCUAAACAAGCGUGCGAUCUCAUUAGUCUCAAUUGACAUGAUUGACCGUCCACAGCCAGGCACAGCCGGAUUUCUCAACCUCGGCAACACCUGCUACAUGAAUUCUACGCUGCAAUGUCUUUUCCAUACUCCGCCAUUACUUCAUCUCUUCGAAGGCAACGAAUGGACCAAUUAUCCGAACAAUGGCGCUCUUCUCAGCGACUUUGUUGAGCUCUGCAAGAUCGCUUGGAACGGAAAUCAAUCUGUUAUCAACCCACACGCUUUCAAAGACGUAAUCGACCGAAUAGCCCCUGAAUUCCGAGGUAGAGACCCUCACGACGCCCAUGAAUUCCUCGGAACUGUUCUCCGAACAAUCCAUGAUGAUAUGAACAUCGCGAAAGGCCGACCACAGUCAAUAAAGAUGACAAGAGACCCUAUGCAAGCUUGGAAUGCGAUGAAGCUGACCGAUGACUCCCCAAUUAUUGACAUUUUCUUCGGAAUGUGCAGACACACGCUCACAUGCCCUAAAUGCAAUAACAAACAGUCAUCGUUCGAACCAUUCAUGACUCUCAACCUUCAUUUGCCGCCGAGAAAAGUUAUUACGAUACAAAUUAUUUUUGUCCCGGCAAAUCCAGUGGAACCGAUGCGUACCAUGAAGCUGAAGGUCUUCGAGGACGCUUCCCUGGAAGAAUACGAAGAAAGUAUCUCUCUGGAAGUGAAAAGAAAAAUUUAUAUCUCAUUUGCGGAUAUUCAAGAGUCAUCUCAUCGGGCAAUCUUCAUCCCUACUUACAAAGCACCCGCUCAAGGUCACGAAAUCUACGCAUUCGAGAUCUCGUCGCAUUAUACUUUACAUGUCGUAGUUUGGCUAUGCGUAAAGAUCAAGAAACCUUACCAGAAGAACAUGAUGAAGAUGGGAAUGCCAUACAUCAUAUCGAUUUCCAACGAAAAUGCUACAACAAUGGAAUUAUUGCGUCAAUGCGACAAUUUCUUCAGUUAUCUAUGGGAAGGACAACAAGAAAAGCUUCCUCCGGAUCUCCAAGACCUAAAGGACAAGCUCAUGUCCUUUGGAAAACCUUGCAAUACAAGAUUCAAAAUCAAACUCGAAAAGAAACUAUUUUCGAAGUCAACAACCUUCAAACCAUUCGAUGGUGUACCAUGGGUAUCAAAACGAAACGUCUACGCUAUACUUAAUCCUCAAUUUCUGAUUGAUGGCCAAUUUAAUUGGUCAAUGAUCCGUAGACAGCUCAGACAAACAGCUACGAUGCCUUCUAACAGAACGUGCUCACCGAUCAAUCGCUGUUUCGAUACAUUUUCCAUGGAAGAAACUCUUGAUGAAAAGAAUCUUUGGUAUUGCAGCGAAUGCCACUCCAAUGUUGCAGCGAAAUCGCAAACACUCAUCUGGAAACUCCCUAAAGUCCUCAUAAUCCAGCUGAAAAGGUUCUACCAGGAAGGAAUGAGAUUAUUGAAGAACAAUACAUUCGUAAAGUACCCAAUAAUCUUGGAUAUGAACCCUCAUUUCGGUGGACCAGGCACUGGUGGAAAGUACAGGCUCUACGGAGUGAUGGAACACCAGGGAUCUCUCACAGGAGGACACUACGAGGCUUCAUGCUUCGUUGAGGGAAUAAACCAGUGGUACCACUACUCUGAUGCUUCUGCAAAGGAAAUAACUGACCAACAGGUGAUAUCUUCUAACGCUUAUCUUCUUUUCUAUCAGCGGAUUGAGUAA